UGUGUAUGAUCUGCUGCCAAAAGAGCUGCAGCUUCCCACUGGUGAGAUCAGUAUUGCAUCAAUGAGUCAGAAAAGUGGUGGUGAGGCAACGUCUCCUCCUUCAGCAGCAGUUGCUCCUGAUGUCUCCUCCAGCGGUGGUCAAAGCAGCACCUUCACCCCAUCUUCCAAUCCUAGCAUGCAUUCUACCUCAGUAACUGACAACACAUCUAUGCAAGUAGAUAGCUGCACUCCAGAACAGGGGGUAAGUGGCCAUGGGGUAAGUGAAUUACUGAGCUAUGAAAAUCAGUUAAGUAAUGCCCCACAGCUGCAGUCCAUGCCCAAAAGGAGGACAGUCCUCAACAUCUCUCCGCCACCUGAAGACUUGCUAGAUGACAGCCGGAUGUCUUGUCAGGAUGAUGGAGGUGACUCGGAGCAGAGCAGCAAUAUUUGGAUGGAUGAAUCAGGUUCUAAUUUCAGCAUCAUGAGUUCCAGUUCCUAUAAUGACAACACAACAGUGCCACGGAAGUCACGGAAACGUUCACCUAAACAACGACCAGGCUUUGCACGUAUAGAUGAUGAAGAGUCGAAUAUGGAUGUAUUUGAUGCAGACAGUGCAAAAGGACCCCAUUAUGUACUUUCUCAACUCAUCUCAGAAGGCAAAAACAGCGCAAGGGGAAGCAAUGGAAUAACAGAGCCACAGAAAACUUCUUUAAAGAAGGGUCCAGCACUAACUGGUCACUAUCCUGGUAAAAGUGAGGGCAAAGAACUCAAAGUACUCGUUCAACCUGAAACACAACACCGGGCACGGUACUUGACAGAGGGUAGCCGUGGUUCUGUGAAAGAUCGGACACAGCAAGGUUUUCCAACAGUAAAGUUGGAAGGUUACAACGAGCCAGUAACCUUACAAAUUUUUGUUGGGAAUGACUCUGGUCGAGUCAAACCUCAUGGUUUUUACCAAGCUUGCAGAGUCACUGGGCGAAAUACCACUCCUUGUAAGGAGGUGGAUAUUGAGGGAACAACUGUGAUUGAGGUCAGCCUGGAUCCUGGAAACAACAUGACGCUAGCAGUUGACUGUGUGGGAAUUUUAAAACUAAGAAAUGCUGAUGUUGAAGCGCGAAUUGGUGUUGCAGGAUCCAAGAAAAAAAGUACUCGUGCACGGUUGGUAUUCCGAGUUAAUAUUAUUCGUGCUGAUGGGUCUACUUUAACUCUGCAGACACCUUCAUCAUCCAUCCUAUGCACUCAACCAGCUGGAGCACCCGAGAUAUUGAAAAAAAGCUUGCACACUUGUACAGUGAAAGGAGGAGAAGAAUUAUUUCUGAUCGGAAAAAACUUUUUAAAAGGCACUAAGGUUAUUUUUCAAGAGAGUCAUUCAGAAGAGAAUAAUCCUUGGAAAGCAGAAGCUGAAAUUGACAUGGAACUUUUCCAUCAGAAUCAUCUAAUUGUUAAAGUUCCUCCAUAUCACAAUCCACACAUAACAUCACCUGUUUCAGUUGGAAUUUAUGUCGUAACCAAUGCUGGAAGGUCACAUGAAAUGCAGCCUUUCACUUUCACCCCUGAUCCAGCAAGUUCCUCAGACGUAAAUGUGAAGAAAGAAAUUCCUGUCCCUCCAUGUUCUUUUGAAGAGACAAUGAAAGCUUCAGGAAUGAAAGUCGCAGGCUGUUCCUUGGAAGAAGUGGAUCUCCCCACUACUUUGUUAUCACCCAUACUGCCAUCAGUUGUGAUUAAGAAAGAGGCAACGACUCCAAUGGAUCAGACACCAUCUGCAGCUUUUGAAAGUCAAGAUAUGGGAGCAGGACAGCCACCUUUGGAAAUUUCUUCUAAUGUCCAAGCAAGUGCACCAUUUUCUGUAUCUGUAUCUCAUCAAGGGGGGGAUAGCGAACAGUGCCAGCAAAUUCAAUCAAGUAUGUUUUCAAAUACAGACGCUUUGACAACUGUACAAAAACAAGACAUUUCUCAGCCAUGUGCUUUUCCAGCAUCUAAAUGUUCCAGCCAACUCCAGAAUAAUGAAGGCUUGCUUCAACAAACAACCCAAUUUCACAAUGCUCACAUAUUGCUAGAUUCAAGGGAGGUACAAACAAGAGAAGUUUUGCAGUCUGAUGCAGCCAAGAUAUCCUUAUCCCAAAUGCCCGAUUCUGCGCUACAGCAGAAACAACAUCAGCACCAGAAGCAACAGCAACAAUCAACGACACAGGCACAGGCCCUGCAAGAGCAUUCACCAAACUUAUUUCAACCAAGUGGCAAUGUAUCUCAGUUGCAGAAUGCUUUGCACUCGAUGCAACAAAGAAACUUCCAAACAAAUGGUAACAGUGGCAGAAGUGACAAUGUUAGUAUCGUUCAACAAGCUCUGGAGGCAAGUCAGCAGCAAUUAACUUCUGUGUUAUUUACUGGAUCUAGUCCAUCUGAGACAAUGCAACAACCUGUGGAGCAGGUACAAGACCAGAUGAAUGCAGAUUUAUUCCACCAAGUAAAUUCUAUGCAGAGCUCUCUCACGCAAGGUUUAUUUUCAAGUUCUGACAACACAUCGCUUCCUAGAUCAGAUAAUGUUCUCUCUGGACCUGAGAAUUCAUUGUCAAAUCAACAAGUGCUAGAAUCCUCAACAGGCAUCUUGAUGGAAAUGCAACAGAACAUAUGCCCUGGAUCAAGACAACUCCAGUCAGACAUGUACCAAUCCUCUAAAGUAAUGAGUGCCCAGGGUUCUUUAAAUGGAACCCUCCAGCAAGGUGAUAUUUUUCAGCAGCCCACUCAUGCUAUGUCUAGUUUGCAGUCCAGUGAUGAAAACCAGCAAAUAUCCCACAGUGGAAUGUUUUCACCUGCUACAACUGUUGCAGGGAAAGAAAACAAAGGAAAUCCUCAGCAACCAACUUCUUCCCCGAGUGUCUUUCAGUGCUCUAACACUAUGGUUACUGUGGAAGCGACCUCUGUGCAGUCAAACCAGAGACAAACCAAUAUGUUUGAGUCUAUUGUACAGAUGCAGCAGAGUGGAGAUAACCAGCCUCAAGUAACUUUGUUUUCUAAUACAGAUGGUAUGAUGCAUCUAAAAACUGGUGGCUCUUCACAGCAAUCUGGGAUUUUUCAACAGGGUGGGGAAAUGAUUUCAAUGCAACCUGGAAACUUCCUGCAGCAAUCACAUCCAUCAUCUGAAUUGUUUCAUCCACAAAAUUCUCUAAAUCAAGUUCAAGGUACAGGCCAUUCACAAGAAUCACAGUCUGGACUUUAUCAUUGCCCUAGUACUGUACUACAACAUCAGAACAAUGCUGCUUCCCAGGAUCAAGUACAGUCAACAUUGUUCCAUCCUCAAAAUUCAAUGGCAGUUCUUCAAGGUUCCUCAAUUGGCCAAGACCAGCAACAAAGCGCACUCUUUCUUUCUCCAAACUCUUUGCCUUCACUUCAAGAUAGCAACAUGUCACAAGAAAAGCAACCGAUAAACUUCUAUUCACCCCAAAGCUCAAUCCAAGCACUCCAGAGUUCAGGAGAUUCUGAGCAGCAAUCUGUGAAUGUCUUUCAGACCCAGACACACAUGUCUCAGAUUCAGAGUACCAUGAUUCCUCAAGAGCAGCAACAUCAACAACAGAGUCUUUUUCAACAUCAGGUCACAAUGUCCUCUCCCCAAGCUAACACUUCUCCUCAAAAUCAGCAGACAUCAAUGUUUCAGACCCAACAUUCAAUAGCUACUCUGCACAACAGCACUUCACCUCAAGAUCAAUCUCAGAAUGUUCUUUUUAGCUCUCAAAAUACCAUUUCUCCAAUAAAUAGCAGCAUGACAUCCCGGGAGCAACAACAGAAUGUCCUUUUCAAUUCUCAGAGUACCAUGCCUCCAAUGAAUACAAAUUUGGCUUCCCAGGAGCAGCAAAACCAAACUCUUUUUCAUACUCAACCUAAUAUGGUGGCUGUUAAUCAAGAACAACAAUCAUCCAUACAAUUCCAAAAUCAGACCGCAGUUUCAACACUUCAAAACAGUGGGACACCUCAGGCAGACGAACAACAACCAUCAGUUUUUCAUGGCCAACCUCCAAUGCAGUUAGUUCAGAGUUCAGGAGAUGCCCAAAGUCAGCAGGUCACACUGUUCAUUUCCCAGACUUCAAUGUCUGCAUUACAGAAUGAUAUAAAUCAACAAGAGAUGCAACAGUCCACUAUUUUUAAUCCACAAAAUAAUAUGUCUGUCCUUCAGACCAACACAUCUGUACCAAGUCAACAAAGUACACUUUUUCGCUCACAAGGAACUAUGAAUCAGCUUCAAAGUACACCUGCACCUGCCCAACAACCUACUGGCUUGUACUUGUUUGGAAUUCAAAAUGAUUGUGGACAGUUAAUGAACAUAACAGAUGUAUCCCAGCCAUGUCCUACUGGACCAUCAACAUUAUCUGAUCAACUGCUUGCGAUGAGCCAGCCAGGACAGGCACAGACUGAGGGACAAGCUGUUUCUACACUUCUCCCCCAGCAGAUGACUGACACAAGGCAACUGUCAUCAACCAUCACUACAGAAGAGAACAUGGAAAAAAUUGAUGACAUCCUGGUAACUUUACAGAACCAAGGAAGCAACAUCAGCCGAUCUUUUAAUCCAUAGUCCAACCCUAGAUAUUUUCUGGCUCUUGCUGCAUUUGGCUAUGGACUGCUUCAGUAUCUGAGUCGUCCUGAAUGGAGCUAAACAUCCCCUUAUGACUUUUUGAUGGAGGGAAGAUCAUUGAAGAAGUAGCUGAAGAUGAUUGGACCUAGGCCACUACCCUGAGGAUCUCUUGUACAGAUGCCCUGGAAAUGAGAUGACUGACCUCCAACAAACAGAAACAUCUUACUAUAUACCAGGUAUAACUCCAACCAGUGGAGAGACUGAUUCCCAUUGCUUCCACUUCUGGCAGGAUUCCUUGAUGCCGCUAUCUGUCAAAUGGGGCCCUUGAUGUCAAAGGCUGUCA